AUGGAAGAGACAAUCCCCGACAACAUGAAGUUGCCGAAUCUACCAACUUUCAACGGAGAAGAAGACCCAAGGGACCACACGUCCAGAUUUACUGCAACUAUGGGACUCUUGAGUGUCACUAAUGCGAUCCUGUGUCGGGUAUUCCCGACCACUCUGACAGGAACCACCCAAAGGUGGUAUAAUAAACUCAAACCGGGAUCGAUCAAGAGUUUCGCCGCACUAUCAACAGAGUUCCUUAACAGGUAUCUCACUAACAUACCUGUUAAAACAACCACCAGUAUCUUGAGAUCAUGUAUCCAACAAGAGGGAGAAACACUGAGGAGCUGCAUCAAAAGAUUCAAUAAGCAAGCUAUGAAAAUAGACAACCUGAACGUCGACAUGGCGACCGAAACAUUAAGAGAAGGAACGCUAUUCAGAAAAUUGGUUGAUAAAUUACUAAUCAACAAACCGACCACGUUUUCGAACUUGAUGGCCAUAGCCCAGAAAUACUUCGAGUUAGAUGAAGGACGAAAAACUAUUAGAGGAAAAGAAGCAAAAGGAAAGGACUCAAAAGAAAAGAAAGAAAAGGAGAAAUUCAAAUUGAGAUCGGAAGACAGGCGAGGAAGACCUGAAGAAAGCAGGCGAUUCGCCCCCCAAGGAAGAUAUGAACCGAGAUACGACCCCCAAGACUAG